CAUGCAAGGGCCUUUGAAAUCAAUUACUGGGGGUCUAGUGCAUACCCAGUUAAUUAAGGUAAAACCCUGUUUACCACCAUUAUAUUCCUGUUUAUGAAGUUGUUGAUGUUUGACCAUAACCCUUCUUAGUUUUCUUCUUUAAUUUGUUGAAUUGAUGAUUACCAGGAAUGUCAACACAUAUUUGACGUUUUUGCCUUUAAUGCGUCAUGUUACAUUUUCCUGCAGGUGCUUGUUUUCCACAGAGAUGAGGCACAGAUGAUUCAAGAAUACAGGGUGUACACCUCUGAGGAAACAGAGAAAACCAGAUGCUGUACCAUCAAUCUUUCCCUGGACUGCAUCAGCCAACGCACUUGAGGCCGAUGGAGGAUUAAGGAAAUCCCGCAUUGAAAGACGUGAGAGCCAAAAGAGGACAUUUAAAGCAAUGGAUACAGAUUGUGAUAUUGAAUGUGACAUCAGUGAAGUAGCUGGGGAGGAAAUAAUUGACAAUGUUGAGUUUGAUGACAUGAAUACCGACUUAAACAUUUGUUCUGCAGAUAGUGCAGAGGUUGAAUAUGAAAGUACAUCAGCUCAGACAGACAAAUUUCCAAUGCUUUCAUUACAAAGUAUUAUGUUUAAUGCUGCAGCAAUUUUGUUUUAUACAGGACUGUCAAACUAUACAGACUUCACCUUUGUACUUGCAAGUUUGGGUCCGUGUGCAUAUCACCUAAAUUAUUUGUACAGCAAAGUUGACAGUAUGACUAUCAGUGUGGAAAAUCAAUUGCUUUUAACACUUAUGAAACUGCGCCGACAUAAGACUAACUUUGAACUUGGUCUUCAUUUUGGAAUUUCAGAGAAAACUGUAUUAAAUGUAUGGAUCACCUGGGUAAAUUUUAUGUAUAGACAGUGGAGUGAGCUUGAUAACUGGCCAGAACGAGACUUAGUGCACUAUUUUUGUCCUUCUGAUUUCAAAUCCAAAUUUCCAUCCACACGAAUUAUCAUUGAUGGUACUGAAUGCCCUAUCCAGAAACCAAAACGCCCCAUAGCUCAGCAGUCUACAUACUCAACGUAUAAAAAUCGAAAUACUAUCAAAAUACUUGUUGGAUCCACACCAGGUGGUCUUGUGUCGUAUGUGUCUCCUGCGUAUGGUGGCUCCACAAGUGAUCGUCAAAUAGUAGAGCGUAGUGGUUUGACAGUGAUGUGUGACCCAGGAGAUAGUAUUAUGGCCGAUAAAGGUUUCAACGUACAAGAUAUUUUUGCACCAAAAGAUGUUACCAUUAAUAUGCCAACAUUCUUCUCAAAGAAAAACCGUAUGUCUGGCAAGACUGUUAUGCGUGAUAGGAAAAUAUCAAGCAAAAGAGUUCACAUUGAACGUAUUAUUGGUCUGGCAAAAACAUUCAAAAUACUCACUGAACCUCUUAACAGUUCAGAAACCAAAUUAGCCACAGAAAUAACCACGGUUUGCUUCAUGCUUUGUUCUUUCAAAAAGUGCAUUGUUCCCACUACUUGCUAAUCAUUAAAAAUAUCUUUGAGUCCAGGUGGACGUUAGUCAGACGUAGAGUAUGGAGAUUUGUUUCUAAUUUCUUUCAAAAAGGCCUGUUAUUUGCGUUUGCUACAUGAUUAAAGAUAAUUGUUGCUAAAUAUUCAUGAGGAUAAAGUUGAAUGUAACAUGUUAUCGAUUAUGUAUCAUGUUGAGACUAGAAUGGGAAUCUGUGGUCAAAAAGCAAGUUUGAAGCAAAUUUACCAUUUGUGCAGCCACAAUCAAUCAUACUCUUUUGUCAAGGUACAAACAUAAAUGUGUUAGUAUCAAAGAUUAUGAUAAUGUAAUGCUAAACGUCCUGUUCAAUGUGGUGUUAAACCCAUCUCACUCACUGAAUUUGUUUUAAAUUUAUGACAUCAGUAACAUGAAUUUAAGAAUGUUGACAUUGUUUGGUGCGUACUGUUACAUUAUCCCCUGCCACAAAGUGUGAGAGACACAUUUCUUGUCCGAGCAUAAUUCGGAAACUGUUUCAUAUGUUAUUAUGAAACUUUGCACAUGUAUCAAACACAAGUUGAACUGGUGCCCUUUCCUGUUUUCCAUGGCAGCAAUUUGGAUUAAACCCAAAUAAUGGUUGCUUUUAUUUCACGAACUUAAAAUCUGAAUAAGUUGAAGUGUAUAUUUCUGGAUCAUAUAUCCAUUAUUUUUUCAAUGGAUACAUGUUUACUGAGAAACAAAUUGUAAUUUAUUGUGUCCCAUGGCUGUGUAUUCUUGUUUCAUAUGAUACUGGCAGCAGCUAGACCGGUCCAGAUAUUUGGCACAUCUUAGUGCUGUUGCUUCAGCUCUCUCAGAUGUUAUAAAAGGCAAUCAUGACAAGAAAGAAGUCAAUGACAAUGUUUUUUUAUCAUUCCCUUAAACAGUUCAGCUGCAGAUAAUAAUCACAUGACAGUUGUAAUUCCUCAGAUAUAGAGCUGAAGGAGUAUGCUUCAAGCAGUGAUGAUAUUUAUGAGUAUGGACACUGAAUUGUGAUUAUGUAUUGCACUGCUUCAUCUAUAUUUAGAUCUUCCAACUAUUAACUACUGGAGUACUUAACAGAUGGUUGCCAUCGUCACAAAAGGAGUUAAAAGUUAAUGUCACAUCAAUACUAUUUCAGCCAUAUAGCGACGAGACCAAGUUGAUAUACACAAUUUACUCAUGAAUGCAAAGGUAUAUUUAAAAACAAUUUUUCAUGCACAUUUGGAC